AUCACGCCGUUGUGUGGAACACCCAAUUUUACAAAUUCUUUUCUCUCAAUCAUCAGAGAUUGCAGAACCCGCCGAAGAAGAUGACGAUGAUGCUGAUUUUUACGAUGCUGAUUUUUGGGAGGCUAAUGAGAUCAAGGACAUUCAUGAGAUGUAGUCAUACCCCACUGAUUAUUUUCUUUGGUAUAUUAUCUACUGUCAUUCAUUUAUGUAUUGUCUUUCUACCCACUACAUGCAUUCUUUGUAUUCUCUACGGACACAAUGUACUGUUCGUUCUUUCUACCAACUACACCCAUUCUUUCUAUUCCCUAUGGCACAACACGCUUCUCGUUCGUUCCCACUAUUACAAUCACUGUUAUCGUUCUUCUGACUAUGAUCAUGACCAUAGUCAUUUGGUCAUUGAUUGGUGACAAUAUACACAUUCGUUGCAUGUAUGCACUAGUUGGAUGGGUCUGAGGAACAAGCGACCAGAAUAUCGAGAGGUUGUUGAAGAUUCAAGUGGAGAUCAAGACACGCAAAUCAUUAAUAGGCCCGAGCCUCAACCAAAGUUACAUGGUAGUACUUACCACACGAGGUAAA